CACCCACCCGCGCUCUCAGUGUCAAGCGAACGACGUGUCUGUCGACGGGUUCGUUGUCUGUCGCGCGGAUUCGAGAAAAGACAUCUUCUCCGGUCUAAGCUUCGCUCAGCCGAUCGAGACGCGCGAUCAAGAUACCGAUCUCGACGCCGGUCCCAAUUUUUUUAUCGUCAUUUCCGGUCUCCUCGUAGGCCAAUUGGCGGACAUCCCCUUGGCGUCGCGCGGAAAUUCGCGCGAUACCGCUCGAAUCGGCCGGCACGACUCCGCCACCGUCGGGAAGGCUCGAUCGUCGGCGUGCGGGGGCAUCGCCCGCCAAGAGGGAAGGUGACAGACCUUCUGGCUUCCCCGAGGAUGCCGCCGUCUCCUCGUCGUCGGCGACGACGUGAAUGUACGCGCUUCUUGACGAGGGUGGUCCACUGCCGGACCGCAGUCGCGGUGGCGUCGUCGAGAACGACGACGCGUUGGUCGCCGCAGGCGAUGGCGCCUGUGUGAACGACCGCAUCCUCCAUUAUCAUCAGCGGCAUCCUCAUCAUCAUCAGCGUCAUUGCGAGCUGCAGCAGCAGCAGCAGUCGGCGGAACCGGAACUGGACGAUCUGCUGCGAUUUCGCGGAUCCGGAAGCACGACGACGGGGCAGCGACGGGGGGAGAUGGUGGCGCAGGAAAUGGCACAGGGCUACACGCAGCUCCUGCAUCCGGCGACGGCCCAGGAACCGCAGGAAUUCAUCUCGCUGGAGGAGCUGCAGCCGCGCAUCCACCAUCAGGAGCACCAUGGCACCGUGCACGACACCUGCGUGCAAAUCGCCUCCUCGGUCUCGCAGCUCCACCGUCAGCAUCAUCAGCAACAGCGGCAGACCGAUCAACAGCAGCAGCAGCAGCAGCAGCGGGAUUAUUAUAACCUCUUGUCCGUGCAGGAAAGUUCGUGCUCCACGGUUUAUUUCGGCGAGAUAGGCACGGGUUCCGGGGUGGGAGAGCUAACCGCCGCCUCGGCGGGGGGUGGUGGCGAAGGUCUCGCCCCGACUCCAACCCCCGCCAGCAGCAGCAACAGCAGCGGCAGCAGUGUCAGUACCACCACCACCCCCAGCAGCCCGAGCGCGACCACUACAACUACCACCACCACCUCCACCACCGCCGCCUUCAACAGCGGCACCGCCACCAUCCCACAGGUUGCAACGGGGGCUGAACCGCCCCAGCACAUGGAGACACCCCCGACGAUGGUCCCCGACCAGCAGGCGCCCGCCUCCGGCCAUCACUAUCACCAUCGCCAUCAUCAUCAUCAUCAUCACAACCAUCACCAUCAUCAUCAUCGACACCAUCGUAACACGUCCAGCACGGCUAGCCAUGGACCGGCGACCGACACCUCGGACGAGUUCGCACCGGUCUCCAGGAAACGGAAGCUUUCCUGCAAUGUUGGAAGCAAUCUCUUGGAUGACCUGAAAGACGACGCCAAAUCCGUUCGCACAAACGACGACAGUAAGAAACAGAACCACAGUGAAAUAGAGAAGCGCAGGAGGGACAAGAUGAAUACGUACAUCACCGAGCUCUCGGCAAUGGUGCCAAUGUGUUACGCGAUGUCGCGGAAGCUAGACAAGUUGACGGUGCUGCGAAUGGCAGUGCAGCAUCUCAAGACUAUCCUCGGCGCGGUUACCUCAUACACGGAAGGUCACUACAAGCCUGCGUUUCUCAGCGAUCAGGAACUCAAGACGCUGAUACUUCAAGCCGCGGAGGGCUUCGUCUUCGUAGUGGGCUGCGAUCGUGGAAGAAUUCUCUACGUGUCCGAGUCCGUCUUGCAGACUCUCAAUUAUUCUCAGGGUGACCUGUUGGGUCAAAGUUGGUUCGAUAUUUUGCAUCCGAAGGAUGUCGCCAAGGUGAAGGAGCAGCUCUCAUCCUCCGAUCUCAGCCCGAGAGAGCGACUGAUCGACGCGAAAACCAUGUUACCGGUGAAAACUGACGUGCCGCAAGGUGUGUCGCGGCUUUGCCCCGGCGCCCGGCGAUCUUUCUUCUGUCGGAUGAAGCGUAAGGUCGACGGGGUGCGUUGCGAGGAGAUAGAAGUGAAGGAGGAAACUGACACCACGAGCGGCUGCCACAAGCGAAAGAAACGGCAAAACGUCGAUUGGAAGUAUUGCGUGAUUCAAUGCACGGGUUACUUGAAGUCCUGGGCGCCCGCGAAGAUCGGCCUCGAGGAGCAGGAGGGCGAGGCCGACGGCGACGCCUGCAAUCUGUCCUGCCUGGUCGCAGUCGGCCGGGUUCAAACGGUGAUAUCAACGGCCGCGCUGCCGUCGAAGAAGCCCCACUUGAGGCCCAUACAGUUCGUCUCGCGUCACGCGAUGGACGGCAAAUUCCUGUUCGUCGACCAAAGAGCUACUCCAGUAUUGGGCUUUCUACCUCAGGAGCUGCUGGGCACCAGCAUGUACGAAUACUAUCACCACGACGACAUUCCUCAUCUAGCCGAGUCUCACAAAGCCGCGCUGCAGACCUCCGAGCGCGUUACUACGCAGAUCUACAGGUUUAGAAGCAAGGGCGCGAAUUUUAUGAGGCUGCAAUCCGAGUGGAAGUCCUUCCGGAAUCCGUGGACCAAAGAUAUCGAAUAUCUAAUCGCCAAGAAUUCCGCUAUCUUCUGCGACGCGCGUCCGGGUGGAAACAACGGAUCCGAGGACUCGAGCGUGCAGGGCAAUUACGAUUACUUCGCGCAGAGUAACGGCGCGUUAGAAAAGUUGAUCUCGAGUCACGUGGAAGUGAGCAAAAUCGGUCGGCAAAUAGCGGAAGAGGUGCUGGAUCUGCAAAGACGCGGCGAAGACUCUUCCUCGGGCAGCAGUCCCGGUCCAGGGACGGAACCUGGUUUACUGAACAUCGAGUCACAAAUCACAACGACGGCGUCACCGAGGCUGCCGGACGUGAUACAGCCGGGCGGCAUCGGCAGCGACAACAGCAGCAGCGAUCCGACGUCGACGUUCAACCAUGUAGUGAACAACGUGCAGCUCAACAGCAUCGCGAACGACCAAGGAGCGUCACCAGACGGGGACAUGAUGGAUAUGAUCGGCGGCACCGCGAUUAACGAAUCGUCGAAUCCGAUUCCGUCCGAUGGCAACGACGAGGCAGCGAUGGCUGUCAUCAUGAGCCUGCUGGAGGCGGACGCCGGUCUGGGCGGUCCUGUGGAUUUUUCCGGAUUGCCCUGGCCGUUGCCGUAGUGCAUAACACAUUUUAGUCUGCGAUGUGAGAAUGCGAGGAUUAACGAACGCCCGCUUGGCCGAACAAAACGCUUGGAACUACCUUGGUGCUGAAAUGGUGCUUUUAAGGAAUAGGACUCCGUUAAGUUAAGCGAGCAGUGGCUUCCGAAUUGCGAUCAGCCUGGUUGACAAACGUUCUUCCGAAACGGGAAAUAUCCGUGGAUUCGCAGAAUUAUAUAGCUAUCCGUUUGUCGUCAGUCUUUUCGGCAAAUUUUUUUUUUUUUUCCCCACGACAAGGUAAUUCGUGUUCAGCAACGAGAUAUGUGUGAACGUUAAUGAACGCCCUCGAAAAUUAAACGCUAGUGACAAUGGUGCGGACAGUAUCGUGCGAACAAUAACUGUAUUUCUGUGACAAAUUGACGUUGUACGUGUAAAUAUACGUAAGCACGCGUGUACGUGCGCGUGAUAUGACGUUUUAAGUGUACCUAAUUAAAUUGUAAGAAUAUUCGUAAUAUUUUGAGAGAAAAACUCUCAGGGGCUGAGAAAACGUAAUUGAUUCGCGCGCGUUCGCGUCAUGAUAAGUCGCGCUGUUCCGAAGAUGUGCCGCGUAAAUAAAAAACAUAGACCGCCAGUGAAUACGAAAUUUUCCGAGAUAAAUCUAGGAUGAUAAAAAUACGUGUUGUGCUAUUGCUCGCGCCAUGUAUUCCGCGCUUAGUUCGUGCGAGGCACGAAUACGAAGAUUUACGAUGAAACAUUUAUAUUUCGAUAUAUGCAUUUGUAUGCGUACGUCCCAGAUUUGAAAGAGAAAAUUGCAAAAUAUUUUUUACAAUCGCAAGAACCAUUGUCAGCGUAAAAACAAUUUGUUCUACUGUUCAACCAAGUGCGGCAUUCAUUGUGCGAGCGAUUACAUAUCAGUUUUAAUAGACUAUUUUGCAUUACAUAAUUUUAAAAUCAUGUCAAAAACAUGAUAUGAUUCUAAAACACGAUAUGAACUGAAUAAUGAUAAAUAUUAAAUUAUGUUAGUAAUUAUUUUUUUUUUUUUGCUUCAAAACAAAUUGAAACGAAUAUUGCAAUUGAACAAAAUACGGUAAUCGUCGAAUUUUUCAAAAUUUGUGAUUUUUAAAACUAUCGUGUAAUGGCUUUCAAAUUAUUGAUCACUAAUGAAGCGCGAAAGAAUAGCAAUCAUGAAUUACGAAUAAUCUUUAAAAUAAACUUUUUAUUCACAAAAUCCAAUGAAUCUGAUAAAAGAUCUGAUCCGUUCUGCAAAUGAAUAUCUGAACCACCUGAUUAAAAGUGGCAGAGUAUAUUUAUUGUAAAGUUUAAUUUAUAUAUUUUUUCUCAGAGUUAAUAUUUUAUUAACUCUUCUGUCAUUUAAUGUCGUUCCCAGUUUAAUCAUUUGUUCAGAUUUUCUUUCGCAUGACGCACGCGCGCAUCAAUAUUUGGACCUUUGAAAACAUCGUAAUAAUAAAUUUACGAGAAACGCGAAUAAAAUGUGGCAAAAUAAGAAUGUAAAUAACAUGACACAUACAAUUGUAGUUUAUUGUCAAAUAUUAAAAAGUGGAAUGAGAAAUAUUUACAAGGCAUCUUAUAUUUUGGCCAUCUAGCAUGAUCAAUGUUGACAAAAUCUUUUAUAUGUAUUCGGGCUAAAUUUCUUUCUUAUGUACAGUACGAGAGACUAUUAUUUACAAUGACUUACAAUUAUUUAAUUUAGAAUGUGCACUAAUGUAAAAACUAUCAAAUGAUAUGUCCAAUUCGCGAUGUUCUAUCGACGUACAAAUCCAAUUAAAAUCAAACAUAAUUAACGGCGUUAAUAUCCACUAAGUACAAAAACGUUGUUAAGUGUUUAAUAGAUUGAAUUUUCCGAGACAGUUGCAAAAUUGACAUCCAGUUAUAAUAGUCUAUAAAUAUCUGUAUUUGUUGGAAUUGAUAAAAGAAAAGCAAGACUAAAAUAAGAAAAAUUAAUUGUUUGAAUGUGAAUCUAUGUAUAAAAUUCAACUAUGUAACGAUGACAGUGCACAGUUUGAGCUUUAAAUGUCCAAGCCCGAUUUACAGAGUACACAAUUAUGUGUACGUUAAAACAAUUUGUAUCAAAAUCAAUAAAAGUGUUUUUAUGUUUUGUA